ACCCAUUUCCAGCAGACGACUGCCUCCCCAUUUCACGAUUUGAAGAAUAAUAUUGUGCAGUGCUGUCUGCAGAGAAUUUGCUUUCCCACGUUGUGGGAGUGAUAUCUAUGAUUUGUGAUAUCUAAUUUAUAAUUUGGCGUCUAGAAUCUGAAAAAAAAUGUCAAAGUUAGAAGAGGAGAAUGAUGAAGUUGUCAGAGAGAUCCCAGUCUUUUUGUCAAAGAAUUUGCUUCAGAAACUCUAUGUUUUCCAAUAUCCACUUCGUUCUGUUGCAGUUGAAAUGGAAAGACCUCAUGUUGCUGCUUCAAGGAUUAAGCCUAAACUUCAGGAAGUUGAAUUAGAGCUUGAAUUACCAACACAUACACAAAAUUAUGAUAGGAGCAAAGCUGAGCAAAUUGUUAUUAAUACAGAUGGACAAAAUAAAUAUGAUAAACCUGAUCAUCAGAACUUUUUCAGCGGUUCAUUUAUGGAUAAAAUCACCUAUUCUUCCACAAAAGCACUUUUGGAUCCAGGAAGGUUUGCAGUUGGCAUUGUAGUUGAUAAUGAACUUCAUCUCAAUCCAUUGCAUGGAAUUCUACAUGUAAAACCCAACUUUCCAUACUUGGACAAAUCUGAAAAAAAUCUAAAAGAUACUGAUGAACCAACAGAGUCAGGUGAUGAGGAAGAAGUUGCUGAACAAAUCACUGUGAAAUUUGCUCGAACUGAAACAGACAGAAGCAAAGCCCUCAGAGAAAAGUCUUUUGGGUUCCUCCAAAAAAAGAAUGCAGAAGAACCCUGGUACAAUACCAAAUUCUAUUCAUUAAAUUCUGAGGAAUCCAUGUUGGAAAAAAACCGUCUCAUCUGUGGAAAAUCGGAUACAGUUCAAAAUCUAACCAUGGCAAAAGAUAAAUACAUCAGCGAUUUGAUUGGCCCUAGCCUAGAGAUUGAUGAAUUUCAGAAACAACUUACGUUAGGAAACGCGUCAAUGUUUCAAAUUCUUAAACUGCCUCAACUUGUAGAUAGAAUUAAAAAUCUCAUGGCUAAUGUUAAGCUGAUCUCGUUCAGUAAGUUGUGCAGUACCCUAGAAAUCAAACAGGAAUCUGUUAAAAUGGAAUCGCUGAAAUCGCUGCAACAGGUGGCUGAGUUGGUCCAAGGUAACUGGGUUGUCAAGAGCGAAAUCCUUUAUCCGAGCGGAGAGAAAGACAAAACGGUUAAAUUGUGUGGAAUUUCCGGAAUUCAUCCUGAUAUCAUCAGCAAAGCCAGGGAUUAUGUGUUGUACAUGUUUACUCUAAACCGUUGUGUGAACCGAGAAGCAGUCACUAUUGCGACUAAAAUUCCUACUGAUGAAAUGAAAGUUAUUCUGGAGCAAAUUUCCUUCAAGACCAAGGACGGAUGGGAAUUCAAAUUGCCUUUUGAUCAAGCCUUUGUUGACAAGUAUCCGGAAGUGGUUAGGCGCAGCGAAUUGAUGAAUAAAGCUAAGCAGAAGCAACUUUACAACGUCGCCGAAUUUAAAGCUCCGAAGAAGGAACCCACCGAUACAAUAAAGAAAAGAACAAGGCGACGCUCUCGACAAGAUUCGUGCAGCUCAGACAGUGGAAAUGACGUUAAGAAGUAAUCGCAGUUGAACAUGAAAAAGCGGAUAUUAAAAAUCUUCUAGUACACUUUUUCUACCCUGCAACAGUCUCGCUGUUCAUUUCAUUGUUUUGACCUUGAUUGUUCAGUUCGUGCUCUUGUCGAAAAAUGAAAUGGUUGACUGGCGAAA